UAGUGCGCGACUGCGCGUCACUUCCUUUAUCCUUCCAGCGAACGACGGACUGCGACGCGAGGAUGUUGGCAACCAGAGCAUUUCGUCUUGUUGGUAAACGGGCCCUGUCAACUUCCAUCUGCCUUCGUGGUGGACAUGGAGUUGCUAAGGUGGAGGACUACACACUCCCAGCAUACUUUGAUCGCCGGGAGAACCCUUUGCCUGAUAUUAAGUUUGUGCAGCAGCUGAGUCCUGAGGAUAAGUCUCUUAAGGAGAAGGAAAAAGGCUCCUGGGCAACUCUGUCCAAGGAGGAGAAGAUUGCACUGUAUCGCAUCAGCUUCAAGGAGAGUUUUGCUGAAAUGGAGAGGGGAAGUGGCGAGUGGAAAUCAGUAGUUGCUGGAAUUUUCUUUUUCAUUGGCUUAACCGGACUUGUUGUCUUGUGGCAGAGGAAGUACGUUUAUGGCGAUGUUCCCCAUACCUUUGACCCGGAGUACAAGCAGAAGGAAGUUCAGAGGAUGCUGGACAUGAGGAUUAACCCUGUCGAGGGAUUUUCUGCCAAAUGGGACUAUGAAAACAAUGCUUGGAAGAAAUAAAUUCAUGUUCUGCCAAUCUGUUUUGUCUGGCGCACAACUUCAAAUCAACCAAUAAACAGACAAAUCUGUAUUUAUCAUUUGUCCAUAUAUUACCUCUGAAUGCAUUUUGGAAGAUUGCUUCCUCUUAUGGCUCUUAUGUAUGACAAAAAAUAAAAUUCCAAAAUGUUUCAAA